AUAUAUUAAUUUGAGUGAAAAAGAAGAAAUAUGAAAGGGAAUAAAGCAAGCGAUUGAGAAAGGAAAUUCGCACGUCAUUUCCCCUAAAUUGGGAACUUAUCCAAGCAGAACUUAACUAUUAUAGAUCCAAAAUGCUCCUCAAGACUAGCCUCCCUUCCACCGUAACCACCACCGCAACAUCUCCACUCAUUUCCUUAACCAAACCCUCUCUUCUUCCUUUCUUCCAAAACAUCGGCAAAAAACUUUCUUCAUCCUUUCCCCACACUUCCGAAACCCCAUCUCUCUACUCUUCACCAAAGAUGAGUAGUUGGCUCAGCAAAUUGGGUUUGGGUUUUGGUGCUCGUACUGAUGCUACACCCAUGGACUCCUCUUCUUCUUCUUCCUCUGCAAUUCCACAAGGAACUGAUGAUGAAAUCCCUGCACCAGGCCAACAAUUUGCUCAAUUUGGAGCUGGAUGUUUUUGGGGUGUUGAAUUGGCUUUUCAGAGAGUGUCUGGUGUUACAAAGACUGAGGUUGGGUAUUCACAAGGGUAUUUGCAUAAUCCUACCUAUGAAGAUAUUUGUUCUGGGACUACCUUUCAUUCGGAGGUUGUUAGAGUUCAAUAUGAUCCUACGGAGUGUAACUUUGAUACCUUGCUUGAUGUAUUUUGGGAUCGUCAUGACCCCACCACCCUCAAUCGACAGGGUAAUGAUGUUGGCACCCAAUAUAGGUCUGGAAUUUACUUCUAUACACCUGAGCAAGAGAAGGCAGCACUAGAAUCGCGGGACAGACAGCAAAAGAUAUUGAACAGGAAUAUUGUUACUGAAAUCUUGCCUGCUAAGAAAUUUUACAGAGCUGAGGAGUAUCAUCAGCAGUACCUCGCAAAGGGGGGUCGCUUUGGUUUCAGACAGUCUUCUGAGAAAGGCUGCAAUGAUCCCAUCCGAUGCUAUGGUUAAGGCCGCUCUGUUUGCACAAGAAAAAUGUAUGGAUUCCCUGUUUGUUGUUGUAAGCUAUGUUUGUUUAUAGGCUUGAAAUUGUGAUUUUAUACUAGUAUGUUUAUUUGAUCAACCUGUUAUAUAAUUUACAAAGAAAGCAAAUAGUAUAUUAUUGCAGUUUCAGAUUAUUUCA